AUGGUGGUCAUUAAGAAGAGCACUGGAAAGAUAAGGUUAUGUAUCGACCCAAAACCUCUGAAUAAAGCACUCAGGAGAAAUCAUUUUCCCCUUCCAGUGAUCGAUGAUCUACUACCACUGCUUACAAAUGCUAAAGUCUUCAGUGUCGUCGACGCAAAGAACGGGUUUUGGCAUGUGCAGCUAGACGAUGAAAGCAGUCUUCUGACCACAUUCGGUACCCCCUGGGGAAGGUUCCGCUGGACGCGGAUGCCCUUCGGCAUAUCACCCGCUCCGGAAGAGUUUCAGAGGAGAUUGGAAUACGCCCUGGAAGGUCUUGAUGGAAUUAAGCCAAUAUUUGAUGAUAUCCUUGUUUUUGGUGUCGGAGAAACAGAAGCUGAAGCACUUUCUGACCAUGAUGCAAAGCUGACAGCAUUGUUAGAACGCUGCCGCGCUACUGGCAUUAAGUUGAACAAAGAGAAGCUUAAGCUCCGUCGCAAAGAAGUGAAGUUUAUGGGACAUGUUAUAUGUCAAGAUGGUCUUAAGCCUGACCCAGACAAAGUACAAGGUAUCAAAGAGAUGCCAACCCCGACAAGCAAACAAGAUCUCAAGAGACUUCUCGGCAUGGUAAAUUACCUCCAGAAGUUCGCUCCUAACCUGUCAGAAGUUACAGCCCCAAUGAGAGACCUCUUGAAAGAAGGGAACCAGUUCCGUUGGGAUGAGCAAGUACAAGGUUGUAGUUUCAAGCGAGUUAAGGAGAUACUCUCAGCUGCCCCUGUCCUCAAGUAUUUUAACCCCAAAGACGACGUGGAAUUGCAGUGUGAUGCAUCAGACCGAGGACUUGGUGCAUGUCUUAUGCAAGGAGGCCAGCCCGUGGCUUAUGUAUCUCGUUCCAUGACAGAAACAGAAGUGAACUAUGCCCAGAUAGAGAAAGAGAUGCUUGCAAUACUUUUCGGAGUAGAACGUUUUGAGCAGUUUGUAUAUGGUCGACCUGUCAAGAUCCAAACUGACCACAAACCCUUGGAGAGCAUCUUCCGUAAAAGUCUACUUAGUGCCCCUAAACGUCUUCAGCGAAUGUUGCUAAGAUUGCAGAAGUAUGACCUCCAAGUGUCUUACAAAAAAGGGACUGAAAUGUAUCUGGCAGAUACACUGAGCAGAGCAUACAGAGUGCACAAGAGCACAAAAGAAGAUGUAGCAGAAGAUGUUAUGUACAUAGAGAACAUGAGAGGAGACACUGAAAGAGAGCUAGAGCACAUCAAUAUGAUACAAUACUUGCCAGUAUCGGAACCAACGCUGAUUGCCAUUCAGCAAGCAACAGAAUCCGAUCCUACCCUGAGAGAGCUGAAGAAAACAAUCAGGCAAGGUUGGCCAGCUACCAAGGCUGGGGUAUCAGCAAACAUCAGUGGUUACUUUACAUUUCGGGACGAACUGUCUUUGCAGAAUGGACUGGUCUUCAAAGGUGAAAGACUAGUUAUCCCUAUGAGCGUGAAAGCUGACAUGUUGGCUAAGAUCCACCGGAGCCACAUCGGCAUCCAAGGCUGUCUCAGAAGAGCAAGAGAAGUAGUUUACUGGCCUGGGAUGAACAAAGAUGUCGAAGAUUAUGUAGCAAAGUGUGCCAUUUGCAACAGCCAGCCUGUCGAGCAAGGAAAAGAGCCAAUGAUUUGUCACGAACUGCCCAGUAGACCAUGGCAGAAAAUCGCAGUGGAUUUUUUUGAUCUGAACAGUGUAGAUUUCAUGGUGACCGUUGACUACUAUUCAAGCUUCUUUGAAGUCGACAGAAUGACAAGCAAGACAGCAGACGAAGUUGUGAAGAAGUUGAAAGCCCAUCUUGCCCGCCAUGGAAUUCCCGACCAGCUUGUAUCGGAUAAUGGACAGCCCUUUUCUUCCGCAAAGUUCCAACAGUUCGCAGACACUUAUGGUUUUGAACAUAUAACAAGCUCUCCAACAUAUCCUCAGUCCAACGGCAAAGUCGAGAACACGGUGAAGACAGCAAAACAUCUGCUAGAGAAAGCCGUCAAGUCCGAACAAGACCCAUAUCUUGCCCUGCUGGACUGGAGAAAUACUCCUACAGAAACACUCAACUCGUCACCUGUUCAGCGAUUAUUCGGUAGAAGAACAAAGACUCCACUCCCAACCUCAAACCAAUUGCUCAAGCCGAAGCUACCAGAGGAGGUUGAUCAGAAGUUCAAGCUACAAAAGGCUAAACAAUCCCUGUACUACAAUCAAGGCGCCAAAGAACUGAAGGAAUUGCGCCCAGGAGACACAGUGCGAUUGCAGCCACUAAAAUCCCACUUGGGAAAGAAGAAGGAUUGGACCCAAGCAAGAGUCGAAGGCAAAGUCGACAUAAGGUCCUAUCAAGUCAGAACAGAAGAUGGAAGAGUUUAUAGGAGGAACCGCAGACACCUGAGACAUACACGUGAAGUGAUGCCACACAGUGAAGAUGGGACGAGAUUCUCCCCAAAGGCAACACCAAUUUCUGCAAAUUCUGGUAAUGAAAUACCAUCGGUACCACCUUCCACACCAAGUACUGCAGUCAGUAAGGACCAAUCAGACACAGUACCUUUGCAGAACACGGACAAGCCACAUCCGGAAUAUCCACCUCAGUCUGCAGCAGAUAAGCAGGAGAUUUCCCCAUUGGUGACCACCACUCGAUCUGGACGAAUUGUGCGACCACCCACACGUUACUAG